AUGGCGACCUAUGGGGGAUCGUGUUCCCGAUUAUCAGCGGCUAAUCUUAGUUUCCGAAAUCCCAGACGAGGUUCUUCUCAUGUAAAUCUUUCUGGAGCUAAAUGUUCUGCCAAGACUUCAUCGCGAGUGAAAGUGAUGAAUCUCAAGCCAUUGGAGGAGAUGGUAACAUGCCCGAUCGAUCUGAAUUUCUUUGAAGACCCGCGUCUCUUGCCUUGUGGUCAUGUAUUCUGCCGCCAUUGUCUUGACUCUUAUAUUCGCCAGAUUCUUGCCCGCCCACCGGAUAAACACGGAGUUCCAGCCGUGCGUCCUCAACUCCCCUGUCCGAUAUGCAGAGCCUUACACAACAUUCCCGAGUCAACUACAGCCCGAGAUUAUCCCAAAUCAUUUAAUCAUAGCUUGAUCUUGGAGUAUAUUCGAAGUAAGGCCUUCUUGGUUGACCCAACUGAUUCUGGAAAUGUUAGUGGUGGUCCAAGUUCAUCACGGAGUAGUUUUCACAGUUCUCCAUCCGCCGGUCGUAGACAUACCUCCAUGACUGUUACCUCCGACGCUUUGAACGGUCUUGUAGCGGACAUUAAAGCCAUUAAACGAGGUGCAAAUAACACCAUGUUAAACUUGGCUCAGGUUCUCCAUGGGGCACAAAAAAUAGCGGAGUCCCAAAAAGAAGAAACCGAGAAAAGGGGGACUGAUGUGCAGUGCAAAGAUACUUCAAAUCAGUUAGACAUUCCAGAACCGGAAUUAGUUGAACCCUCUGCACCACCAGAACCGUCGUCUACUCCAACAAUUUCAAAAAAUAUUCCCUCUCCAAAACGUCAACCUAACGGUUCAGUGCGCCGGUGCAGCAAUGGACGCUUUAAAUCAUCCGUCAAUCAAGUUCUUGGCGAUAGAAAUGAAUCUGAAAGAUCUAGUUAUGCUAAUUAUCGCGAACUUCUAACGGCACGUACGUUUAUGAUGCGAAAUUCAGACUAUGUUUGCCUUCGGAAGAAUUUGGGCCAGUGUGAUGGAGUACCUAAGGAAGGAACCCAAUGUGUUGGAAUGCAUAUACUUCCCAAUCAGCUUAAAACCCACGUUACUCAAUACACAAUUUGGCCUGCAAGCAACACGGGGCAAAUUCAUUUGUGGAGAAAGCGUAUUCCUAUCCACCCUGGUCGUGAAAGCUUCACUUUGGGUGCUAAUUUGGGUAAGCAUUCGGAUAAAAACUCCGAGACUCUUGUCAAACAAUACUGGAAUAUUGAUGAUCUUGUCAAUAUGGGAAAACUGGAGGUACAGUAUUUACGAUUCUUCAAGAAUCGCGUCUACAUGUCCGUGAUUAUCCAACAACCUAGCGAGAACUUGACCAACUCUGGUGAUACUCAAAUUUCGUCCGAUCUCAUCGAUCCUGGUUUAGUGAUCUGUUGUACCCUCCCAGAUCCAAACCACAAAUUUACCGCUGAUGAGUUGAAUGGCAAUGAUUCCGCUAAACAUAAACUCAAUAUAAUCGAUAUGUCGAGUAUUUUUCUUCGAGACUCAGUUGGUAUGACCCAGCCGGAUCGACCAACUAUUGCUGGUUUAGAUAUUGAUCGGGUAACUGGAUCAGUCUAUGUUGCUCUCUGCGCUAACGCCAUGGUAUGCAGGCUCAAUCAGGAUGAUCUGAAAAAUGUUGAAAGGGAAUGGUUCUUAAAUGAUCCUCAGCUCUCUCCUUCCUAUCUCUGUAUCGCCAGACAGGAAAAGGAGGUCUGGGCUAGCUGUCCGUUAGACGAUAAAGUAUUCAUUCUUGAUCUCACCACCGAUACCUUUACCCAAUUUACUCCGAGUGUAAUGUUUAAUAUAAUACCCUCACAUAUAAUCUGCACCACCGAUGAACGGAUUAUGCUUCUAGACAGGAAGUAUUCGCGUAUUUAUUGGCUUCAACGUGUUCAACAAAGUAUCUGUAGUCAACGGAUUGAUCACACCGUGAAAGAGAGAAAGAAGAGGACUAUUAAUAUAAUUCAACCAAUCGAUGAUACAUCUUUGACUCAAAAGCUGGGAUGGGAGCAAAGAAAAUGGGCAUGGAAUUGUCAACGGGCACAAGUUGGAGCUGUAGCUCGAUGCAGAUCGCGUUCUCGUGGUUAA